AUGCGGCGGUGCCUUGAGUCCCUAUGGCGCUUUAGCGAGGCAAAGCUUGAUGCCGUGUAUGCACACAGCGUGCACGUGAAGUGCGGCGCGUUGUGGGCAUACACGGACAGGACGGAGGCCGGAAGUGCGCUGGCCGCGGAUGGCCUAAGCGCUGAGUUCAUGGGGCCGGCCUCAACGUCCUCGAGCAGCAGUUGCUCGGCUUGCUCGCGUUCAUCGCCGUCAUCCUCGUCGUUCAAGCGGCGACGCUUGCCGUUGAGGCGGAGCACGAGAGGAGGAGACGGCGGAGUGAGGCUUGCUGCCUGCCACGUCGCGCCCUGGUCCACCUCCAUGGGGACGGCUGCGGUCGUGGCAGGAGCCUGUGCAGCACCCACGGGCAGCAUGAUACCCGCCCUGCCGGGUGUGCAGUCAUCAUCAAGGGGACAGGGCCCAGCAACAGCGGACGGCUCGUCGCCGCAAGGCAUCGGGGCGUCACACCCGACUCGGUCAGGCAGUAUGGUAGCCUGCCUGCCGAGCCGGUCGUCACAGGUACGUGGGACAUAA